AUGGCUACUGUACUUAAUGGCAUUCCACGCCACCGCGAACUCAGUUACAGUCGCAAUAACAGAUCUUUAACAAUCAACUACGAUUAUAGCCUCGGUCACACAGAAAGUGAAGGGGAGACGUUGGAGUAUACAUUAACUCAAUAUGCCGCCUUCACCGAAAAAGUUGUCGUCAAAAUCCAAUUCCCCGAAGCAGAGAACAGAUUUCGCUGCAACGUUCCAACUUUCGGAAUCAGACAUACCGUUGAUUAUGGCCCUCUUAAUCAGGAAGAGAAUCUACAACGUGUUGCAGAUAUUGUUCGAGUUCUUAAAAACUUCCGUCGGUUGAGGUCCCUAGAAGUUAGUUUGAGCCUCGAUACCGAUGACUUCCGCCAAGUUACCUGUGUUUCUCCGUUUUUGGAUCUGCGUAGUCGUUGCCAGCAGUGGAGCUUGAGAUACAAACGUGGUAGACAUGGAAAUUAUGUUUCUAUCGGCCCGGGUUCACCACUUUACACUCGACUCGAAAACUUCAAUAAUGCUAGAAUGUUUGAAUGA